GCCGCGAUUCGGUUUUUCGGAGCCAGUCGACAGUCGUCAGCCGUCGACCGUGUGUGUACAUUGUGCGUGUCGCAUCGAGCUCCGCUUCCGUCGGAUUACGUUUUUCGUAUUUAGUUUGAUAAAAUAAUAUCGCAUGUAGAAAUUAUAAAUCUUUCUAUCGGCCGAAUAAUAAUCAAAAAACGGGUCGACGGUCUUUGCGUACCGAGUGAAUAUAAUCAGUGAGAGUGCGGAAUUAAAAUUUAAUAAUAAAUUAUUAUUUUCUCACCGUUUGUCGUUGAUUUUAAAUUUUAAAUAAAAAAAAAAAAAAAUCUAUUGGAAUGAUAUUAUAAUGACAGCUCUUUCUCGUUCGAUUUGAAAAUUAUUGAACAGUGGUGAAGAUGACCGCCAACGUCACUACCACCAUGUCGAUGGUCGCAUUAUUGCUGUCGGGCAUGAUGCCGUUGGUACUGUGCAGCGGAGAAAGGCUGGAGGACAACAGCGCCGUAGCCGUGGCUGACAGUCAGCAAGUGAUGUGCGAAGACGUACGAAUGAAGUGCGCUUUUGGCAUGGGCUGUUCGAUGGCGUUGCAACACUACUUCGCCAAGUGCGACAGAAUCCUCCAAACCGACUCGACCACGUGCCCCGAAUCGUGUCUGUUCGCGUUAGUCGCACUCAUAUCCACCGAAGACGGCAAGCGGAUGAUGGACUGCAAGUGCCGGGAUCGUUACUGCGAGGAGAUGAGAACCCGGGUGGAAGUAUGUCGGCCGUUUGUGUUGGAGGCGUCCAAGAACGAGACAGUAGUACCGUGUGAGCUGGCCCAUUGGGUGUGCAUGGUGGAUCCGGUGUGUUCGGCGGCACUGGGCUAUUAUCAGACGUAUUGUAGGCGGAUGCUGACUGGCGUGGCUUGCACGGAGAGAUGCCUCAACUCGGUAGAAAUAUUGCGGCGGCAGGAGAAGGCGGCCAAGAUGAACCGGUGUCGGUGCACCGGGAGAUCGGCAGUUGAGUGUCUGCGCAACAAGGAACGUAUGGUCAGGUUGUGCUACGGCGGCGAAGCGGACCCGCGGCUCCAACAGGGAGGAUCGAUCAGUGGCAAUGGCGGUGGGAAUAAGCCUGGUGGCCGGAAGAACCGGAGAAAGCACCGGCCUAGAAUGUUCGACCUGGACCCUGACCGAGCCGAAGUUGAGAUGAUGAUGGCUAACGCGGACUACCAACCGGACGUCCGAAACAGGUAUAACGCUUCAGACGACGUCGGUGGCGACGAUGAAGAAGUGGAUGAGGAGGAGGAUGAAGACGAAGGGUCAGGGUCUGCAACGGGCUUGCUACCGGGAGCGAUGUUAGUGGCGGCAGCAUCCGCUUACUUAGUCACGCGAUGAUCGUCACUUGCAGCGGAUCAAGCGUACGCGUGGUACGUGCAUUUUUUUUUACGGUCUCCCGUAAUGCGCUUAUCCGUUUUUGUUAUAUAUAAUUUUCUCAUUAUUUUUCGUGUUUUUUUUUCUAUCAUUAUUAUUUAUUCCUAGAUCGGAUCGACUGAAGCGUACAGUUUAUGAGUGCGCUCUUAAUCGGACACUCAAGUUUCCACUUUUUUUUUGGGGGGGGGAUUCUUUUUUGGAUUUAAAAAUUAUUAAAGAAGGGGGGUAGACAUUUAUAGACGGCGUUAAAACAGCGCUUGUUCUCUACUAUCCAGGCUUUUUGCCAGACUGAAAUCAAAUUAUUUAACCGAAUAAGCUCAUCGAAUUGUAUUAUUUUUUGUUCGAUGAUUAUUAUUAUCAAUUUGCAUCUUUAAUUUAUUUACUUUUUUUUUUGUUCCCGACGAUGCGUUCAUCAAACUUUAUAAAAGAAUUGUGAUUAAAGACUUUUACUAUAUAGGUACAUAUUUUAUAUUACAUAUAAUUUCAGGAGAUUAUAUUGUGUGUAUAAUAUUAUAUUAAUAUUAUAAUCGCUUUACAAUCAGUCAUUCAGCGUUUGUAUGAUAUUAUUGUAAUUUGUACAUAUAUAUAAUUAUAAUAUAAUAUGUUAAAAAAAAUAUUUUUUAAUCUACGUGUAUAUUAUCGAUCGAUCA